GCUACGAAGCAGAAGAUCGCGGAGGGUCUAGCGGCGAAGUCCGGGAAGGGUGCCAAAAAGAGGCGCAGAACGACGGGAAAGCAAGAAGACGAUGCUUUGGCAGACCUUGAAGACAAGAUCGCCCCCUUUUACAUGACCAAGCCGAAAGGCGAAAUGAUGGCUGAUGAAAUCAUAUCAAUUGUUACUAUGGGUUUCAAGGGCGCCUCCCGGAGCGAGAUCGAUAUGACUGUUGCCUCGAAUGCCAGGCUCUGGCUGCUUAUUUUCAUGAUGGAAGAGGUUGUCAAGGUGCCGUCGUACACGCCCAACAUGCAGGAGAAGCACGGGCCCACCGUGACGUUGUCAUCUUACCCUGCCGUGCGCAAGUUCGUUCAGAAAUACAUAACCUACUACACGAGCAGCAGUGACUCUAAUCCCGCCAACGGUCAGGGGCCCGAUGAUGACGCGGAGGCCAACGCACAGGAGGAGGGUUCCAACGCCGCCGACCCCGAUGCAUGUGCCAUCGCGUCCAUGGCGCAAGCGAGUGGCUUGGACAAGGCGGUGAUCGAGCCGAUCUUCCGUCGCAUGCAGGAUGCUACUAGACGGGCAGCACUGGUCAAGGACAUUGAGGCGUUCUUGAAGAACAACCCUCUCAACGCGAGUGCGGCGACAGUGAUGUCCCGCAGGCGCGUGGCGCUGAGUAAGGUCAUUUCGGCUAUCUGGGCUCCCUUUACAGCAUCGUCACCGUCGGCUGAUCAGACGCCCGACAUGGUCUCCAAGAUGAAGGAUUCCGGAGAGUGGGGCGUCGCCGUGACCCACGUCGUCGAGCUCGUCGGCAAGUCCCUGUGGGAGGCGAUCGACCCUCAGAUGGUGGCGGCCGCCAAGGAGUUGGACGCUAUCUUCGCAGGGAGCUCGGCUGAGAAGUCUGUCCUGGGCUACUCUCUUAAAUUUGACGCCCUGGCGCAGGCUUGGGGAUGUGGGAAGGCGGACCACGAUGCCAUCGGCCAGAACCUCAAGCGUUUCUUGCGCGUGCGCUCGGAGUACGUCGUCGCCGCCUUCGCCGAGCUCGCCAACAUCAAGGCGCACUUGCUCGAGGAGAACAUGAUCGAGAUCGACGAUGGGGCUGGGGGCUCUCACUUGAGGGUUGCUUUCGACUCGUUCGGCGUGGCGGCCAAGUUCGCGAAGGAGUUCGAUGAUGCAAUUACUUCCAUGGACGCAAAGUAUUCAGAGCUCGGGCAUUGGUGCGCCGCGUGGGCGGGCGCAGUUUCAACCAGCUGGAGGCUCGACCGCAACAUCUUCGUGCCGAGGACAGACGCCGCGUGGGAGAAGGUGCGCACUGUCGCGAAGAAUCGCUUCAUGAGUCAUAACAAGACGGAGUUGGUGAGAUUGAUGCAAGAGCGUGGCGAGGAGUUCAGGGACUCCAAGAAGGAGAUUAUUGCGGAUGAGUUGGCCACCCUGGAGAUCGCGGCAAUGAAAGAGACGGAAGCGAAACAGCAGGAGGAAUGGGAUGUUUUCCAGACUGAGUACAAAUCGUCGGUGGGCGCCACCAGCCAGCCAGCAGAUUAUGACGGCGGCGGCGUCUGCUCAGUCGAUGCAGUUCUUGAGGCUGCGGAGGCUGUGAAGUGGGAUCCGCAGGCCAAGUUCAUCCGCUUGUUCAACAGUGACUACAACCGUGUGCCAACUCCACUAACGUCCGCCGAGUUCAAGGCGGCCUCUUAUGCAGCGCAGUGCACCACCUUUCUCAUGCAUACCCACGCCGAUGACAAGGGCUUAGAUCAUUUGCUGGUGAAGACGCCGAAAAGCAUGAAAGAAUUCAGGAAGUUCCGCCCGAAGGUCUAUGUGGAUGUAUCUGCAGUCCAGGCUGCCAUGAAGACUGAUCCCGACUUGGUGGUGUUCACGCUUACGGGGGAAGUCACCGCUGGUGGCGCGGCUCCUCCAACGAACAAGGACGUGUACUGUGCGGGCAAGCUGCCGUCUGGAGAGUUCUUGUACGUGACGCCCCUCGGCAUGUCCGCGGCGCCGAACUCGAUGGCGUGCAUGCCCGGGUGGAUCGUCAAGGGCGUCACUUCGGAUUGGACCAUGGCG